AUGUUGACGAAGGCGCUUUGGAUUUUGAAACCCAGGUGUGUUCUAGGAGGUUCUCUCAACCGUCGACCGGUUACUUUCGCUACUCCGUCGCCGGCGUUGUCUUCCGGAGCUAUUUCCCGAUCGACGGCUGAUGCGGCGGAGAUUAACGCCGAUGAUGCGAUUGCGUACUCGUACCCAGCUGAAUCGCCGACUGCGAUGCCGGUGAUGAUGCCCGGUCAUCUUCAGCCACGUGUCGUCGUGUACGACGGAGUCUGUCAUCUUUGCCAUGGAGGUGUGAAGUGGAUAAUAAAAGCGGAUAAGUACAGAAAGAUAAAGUUCUGUUGCCUUCAGUCUAAAGCCGCUGAGCCGUAUCUAACAGUGAGUGGAGUCACAAAAGAAGAUGUUCAGAGGCGAUUUCUCUUUAUCGAAGGUCUCGGAUCAUACCAUCAGGCAUCAACAGCUGCGCUUCGAGUGGUAUCAUACUUGCCUCUGCCUUACUCUGCAUUGAACGCCGUCUCCAUUGUUCCCACUCCUCUGAGAGACUCAGUGUAUGACUAUGUGGCGAAUCAUCGGUAUGACUGGUUUGGAAAAGCUGAGGAUUGCUUGGUUCUGAAAGACAAAGAGCUGCUGGAGCGGUUUAUAGACCGAGAUGAACUCAUUGAUCGAUGCUAG